AUGGAAAUCGAAGACCCCAAAAGAUUAUUAUUAAGCAUAUCGAGACUGACUUGGAGUAAGACCAAUGACAAACUUGCUCAAGCAAUCGUGACUGAACUCGGUUCUUCGGCACUUUCGGUUACACAGAAUGGGGCAUAUGUUUAUCGCGGUGAAUUGCUGGAGCAGUAUAAACACUUGGCACAGCGGCCUGAAGAUUAUCAGUGGGCUGUUUUUACAACUUGGCGAGUCAACCUCCGAAGGAUAAGCUCUCAAGCUGCUAAGCUCCCCCACCUAUUUUCAUUCGCGCAUCAUGACCAAGUUGCACAGGAAACCUUUCAUCGUGCUUGCGUCAAGGCAGACCUUGAAACCAUGAUUGUUGAUGAUGAAUACGUUUCUGCCAAAGACACUAUCAUCAGCUUUCUUUCCACUUUUAGGUCAUCGGGUGACGAGACGCAAAGGCAGAUUCUCCGUCCCAACCAUCCAGACAUAUUGAACAGUCCAGAACUCCUUGCUGACGUGUUACAAUCAAUGUCUGAGUUUGGUGAUAGGCUCAAGAAAGCCGAAGCCAUUGCGAUCCAAGCGCUCGAGAUGCGAAGACGAAUUUACGGUGAAGAUCAUUCACGCGCACUAUCGUGCGAUGCUGUUCUUGCCCGUAUUCGCUUCAAGGAGGGCCAAUGA